AUGAAGCUGCUGUUUAUCGCUGCGCUGAUGGUUGUGUGGGUCUCCCCACUGAGAAGCACACCUUGCAAAACAGUCCUACGUGUAAAACAAGAUGCUUUGGAGUAUGCUUGCCAGACCCAAAAAAGACCUCUCCAAAAGGCUUUUGGAAUCAUUCCCAUUCCUUCUGUUAUCAAUGGAGGAAACAGAGGUAUCCUUGGUCUAGGGUUGGGACUUGUGGACAAUGUCGUCAAGCUUGCGGGGGUAAGAAUCCUGGAUGUCAAACUGCCAGAGCUCAACGUGAAAAUGAUGCCCAAUGUUGGACUUCAAGUUACUGUUGAUACCAGUUUUCAGAUCAGUGGGAGUAUAGUCCUUGUUGGAAAUAUUGAUAUCAAAGCAGAAGCUGGUGUUCUUGCAGAUAUGAGAGUCACGAGGACAGAUAGAGGUCUCCCUAUCCUCAGUGUUUCAGCUUGCAAGUCUGUGGUGGGAGGCAUAAAAGUCACAGGUGGACCCUUUGGUUUACUUCCUGGAUUAAUUAAUAUAAUAAAAGGUCAUUUUGAAGCUGUCCUUAGUGAAUUGCUUUGCGUAUCAGUAUCAAACGUUUUCCUGGGAUUUAACGCAAACUUGGGCUUGUUAGUUGGUGUAUCUGCUAUUGGUGGGAACCGUGGAUUACAGUACACCAUGCCUAGCGCUCCAGUCGUGACAGGAGACUACAUGGAUGUGAUUAUGAAUGUGGAAUAUGAAGUGGAUAAGCAGGUUGUUGAAAUACCAAAUGGGGGCAAGGAUUUCACUCUUCCUCCUGAAGCUGGAAAUAAAGAUGCAAUGGUCAACUUUGGUCUCUCACAGGAUUUCUUCAUCUCCAUGUUUACAGCAUUUCAGAGUUCUGGGGGCUUUGACUUUGAAAUCCCAUCAACUUCUGUUUCUGUUAGGACCUAUCUGACAACAUCUGUACUGGGUUCCCACAUACCCGAGAUCAGCUGGAAAUACAAGGAGUCUCUUCCUGUGGACUUGAAGAUAGAGCUCACUCAAACACCAAUUGUUACCCUCGACUCCAACUUCCUGUUAGUUCAGAUUUCUCCAGUUGUGGAAAUGUUUGUGGUGACGGGUACCAUGCGCAAUCAGCACCUAAUGACUCUCAAUGUGGGAGCUAGCUUGAUCGCCAAGUUGAAUGUAUCAAAAGGGAAGAUUAUGACAUCAGUAGGACUGCAAGGGUAA